AUGGAUAUAAACGAUAUGCCCAGCGAUCCUGAACAAGAGUGCGGCCCGGGAGUACGUCUUGUCGUGCUAAACCUACCUGAAGACGAAGGCGUAGGUCUGGGGCUUCGACUGACGAGAACUCUGUGGGAUCCAUAUCCAUGGAUACAUGAGGUUACGUCAGAGUCGAGAGCCGAUAUCGCCGGGUUGAGAGCUGGCGAUUGCUUACUGCAAGCGGAUGGGAAAGACUUGCUUGGAUUAUCGAUUGGCAAAGUUGCUGGUUUGAUAAGAGGCGAUGGCGAAGGGCGCGGAGUAUCUUUGCUGGUAUGGAACUGUGGUGUCGACCCUAGAGACGAUCCAGAGUUGCUAUGGAGUUGCGGCGGUGGUUCCCGCGGGGAGAAGUCGCGUCGCGCGUUGACUGGAGUUGUCAAAGCUCUGUCUUGCUGCGUCUGCGCAGCCACUGCGACGAAAGCGCUGAACUGUGCGCGCUCACAUUUAUAUUGUGAAGGUUGUUGGAGCAGACUAGAACGUUGUGCGCUGUGCAGAGAACCCCUUCCGCCUAAAGAUUCUCCUUAUUCAAGAAACCUGGUUGCUGAACAGGUCUUCGAAGCCAUUGCAACGGAAUAUGAAAUUAAAUACACACUCAGAAGACCUCAAUCCACAUCGGCGCAUACAUCACCAAACCGUUCGCCAAACAUAUCACCCACGGCCCGCCGCAAAGGCCAAUACCACCUAUCAAUGAUGCAUAGGAAUCGAAAACCAACGAUACCGAAUGAAAAAUUUGCCUCUGAUCCAAACAUUAACCGAUUUAACGAUUCAAAAACUACCACAUCUCACAAAACGGUAGAAUACCCUGGCAACUCUUACGAAAACGGCGGGAAAUGCAAGUGUCAAAUCAAUGGCGGGACAUGCAAAUGCGGCACAGAGAAAACAAGGUUACAUAUACCACAGAUUAAUAUCGAAGAUACAAGUAAUAAUAAUUGCUCGUGCAGUUGCCAACAGUUGCAGCACAAAUUGGUUGCGAGAUUAAGGCAAGCGUGUUCGCUAGCUGACCUACAGAAUGUUGCUCUGCAAAGCUGUUCUCUUUCCAAAUCCUUGAAUAAUAUUUGUCAGAAUGAAAAGAGCUCUGACGAUGGACAACAUAGCAACUCGAUGGACAAUCUUAAGAACACAGAAGCACCGGUGUUCGUUGUAUCUCCACCACCGAUAUAUCUUUUGGCUUGUGAACAUAGCAAAUAA